AUGAAGACCUUCACCUUCGCCGCUCUCUUCGUGCUCGCCUGCCUGCUUGUGGCGUCAGCCCUUGCCGACUCGGGCGACAGCGAACGCCGCCCUGGUGGCUCCGGCGCUGGUGGCUCUCGCCCCGGUUCUCCUGGUGGCGCUACUGGUGAACCCGGCGCUGGUGGUAGUACUGGGGGCACGACCGUGGAGGAGGACGACAUGGCCACCUUGUUCAACAGCAUCAACGGAGCCAAUGGCAUUCUGGGUGCGGACACGUUCUCCCAGCUCUCGGCAGCCACCAGCGGCCACAACGGGCUGGAGAAGCUCGAGAUCAACCUGAACAUCAAGGUCGUCCUCGUAAAGAUUGGCGACAAGACUUUCAGGCUCCACUGA